AGAUGGAGAUCCGAUCUGUGCUGGGCCUGGACGAUCUGUAUGUAGGGAAUGAAGAAGAGCUUGAAGGUCACCGGGGCUAGUCCGUUGAGGGCCUCUAGGAACAGCAAAAGGAGGAAGAGAUCCGGAAAAUAGAGAGAAUAGAGAGUAUGCAUAUAUUUUUCAUGGUACGUACGUGGUACCUUGGACCUUCUUUUCUGCCAAAGUUGAGUUCUAAAAUUCUGAGUCAGUAGCGAUCUAUUUUGGAGCUUUUUCUUAUCUAGAUUCAUUCAGACAUCUGAGUCCAUUUGAAAUUGGUUUUUCCUAUGCCACGUAUCAUCAGCGAAGAAUGAGUAUGGAACAAGAAAACAGCAAACAAUGAAAAAUAAUAAAGAAUACCUAGAAAUUCAUACACAUGGAAGGAAAAAUAGAAAUUGAAAGAAAAGGAAAAUUGAAAGAGGGGAACGGAAAAAGUGAAAAAGAAAAAGGGACGGACGACAGGGCGUGAUCGCUUUUGCUUUUUGUUUUUUCUUUUUUUCUUUCUCUAAUUUUCAUUUAUUCUUUUCCGUUUUUUUUAAUCCCCUUUUCCCCACUUUACAGUCUUUUGAAAAAUCCUUUACCCAAUGCCGUCUCCCUCGCUGGGUCUCAAAGACCCUCCUCCUCCUCCUCCUCCUCCUCCUCUCCCCCUUCCCAUUCCCAAAAUCCAUUGAGAAGGAAUAUCUCGCCCUACACUCUCUAUCUCUCACUCCAGGCCCAACUGGCCGACAGUGUUAACGUGCCAGGAAGUAUAACCGUACAACGACCAUCAGUAGUUUUUAAAGAAGACCGCCGCGGCAUCAAAUACUAGGUACUAACCAGAAGCAGAAGCAUGAGUCUCCAGGUCCAGCGCCUCCCUUCUUCCUCCUGCCACCUCCACCCCGACGAGCUCGUCACCGGCUUCUGCGCUUCCUGCCUCCGCGAGCGCCUCGCCCACCUCGACUCUGCCUCCUCCGGCCGCAAGUCCGCUUCGUCCUCCGCCUUCAAAUCCCUCUUCUUCAAGGCCGUUGGAGGAGGGCAACCCGCUUCAUCAAACUCCACCUCCUCUUCGUUUUCGCGCCCGGAGCUCCGCCGCUGCAAGUCCUUUUCCUGCGGUCGCGGCGACGGCUUCUCCGGGCCCCGUGCCUCCGCUUCAUUCGAGCUCCACCGCAAGUCCUGCGACGUCCGCGUCCGCAACACCCUCUGGUCCCUCUUCCACCAGGACAACAGCGAGAGGGACAAGAACCGGGCGCGAGACCCUUUCCUCCCCUCGGCCUCCUCCUCCUCCUCCGCCUCCGCCGCGGCGGGCGGGGAGGUCGAGGGCGAGUGCCCGAACCUACGAUUCCCUCCCCCGUCUUCCUCCGUCGCGGCUCCCGUGCUCGAAACCUGGGAAGCGGAGGAGGAGGAGGAGGGGAGAGACAACGGGGACGAAAUCAGGGUCGUGGGCCCCGUCCUCGUGGUCGGAACGUCGGGGGAGAUCGAGGGAGGAGAGCGGGAGGAGGCGGAGCUGAAACCGAUGAAGGACCACAGAGGUUUCGACUCCGCUGGCCAAGCCAAGAAGCCCCCUCCUAAAGACCUCAAGGACAUCGCCGGCAGCUUCUGGCUCGCCGCCUCCGUCUUCAGCAAGAAGCUCCAGAAGUGGCGGCGGAAGCAGAAGCUCAAGAAGCAGCAGGGCGGCAGCAAGGCGGCCGCGUCCACCAUGCCGCCGUCGGAAAAGCCCCCCAGGUCGUCCCGGCGAUUCCGCGACACGCAUUCGGAGAUCGCCAUCGAUGCGUUCGGCCGGCGGUCCUGCGACAGCGACCCGCGGUUCUCCCUCGACGCCGGCCGGUUCUCCUUCGACGACCCCCGGUUCUCGUGGGACGAGCCCAGGGCCUCCUGGGACGGCUUCCUCAGCGGAGGCCGAUCCCUGUUCCCUCGCCUCCCUCCCAUGCUCUCCGUCGUCGAGGACGCCCCCGCCCCGGCCGUACAGCGGUCGGACGGCCAGAUCCCCGUCGAGGAGGACGCCAUGACCCCGGGCGGCUCCACCCAGACACGGGACUACUCCUUGGACUUAUCUAGCUGGCGGCGGCGGAGCUUCGAGCGGUCAAACUCUGUCCGGAAGGCGACCAUCGAGACUGACGAGCGACAGCCGGCCUCCAAUGCCAAGGCGUCUCCUGCCAGUGGCACCGAGUUCUUCCCCUUCCACCCGGGAAGCUUGCUCGACAGGGAUCUAAGAGAUUUCAGCUCAAAUUCUUUGAGGGACGAUCGCUCCGAGAGCUUUGUAUCGGCUUUCAGAGACUCCUGCAAGGGGAGUUGUACAAAGAAGUCCGGGAGGUGGAGCAAGGCAUGGAACAUCUGGGGGCUUAUACACCGCCGAGGCAGCAGCAGAGGAGGAGACGAUGUGGUUAGGAGAUCCUACUCGGAGUCGUGGCCCGAGCUGCGGGCUCGGGGCUGCAGUGGGAAGAUUUCGCGGUGCAACAGCAGUGUGAGUUCGAGGAGCUCAUUCAACGGCGAUGGUGGUGGCGGUUUUGGGAGCAUGACGAGGAACAGCGUGGUGGAGACCGACGGACAUGGGAAGAGGAGGAGGGAGGAGAUCGUGUUGGAGAGGAACCGGAGUGCGAGGUACUCUCCCAGCCAUUUUGAGAAGGGCUUGCUAAGGUUCCACUUGACACCAAUGCGGAAUAGCCGGAGGAAUGGGGGGUCGUCGGGGAAGGGAAAGCACGUCGGUUCUCAUUACCUGACAAGGAGCGUGCUAGGAUCGCACCGAGCCGGUUCAUGUUCUUCCUGGGAGUAGGCGCGUAUAUUUCUGUAUUGCUCUCCUUGCUGGGUGAAAAAGCAAGCAUUAUAUUUGCUGCAUUGGCUUAUAACAUGUUUGAUUGUUUAUCCCCUGUUAUCCUGCUCGCUUGGAUAAUAACAUCUCUGUUUGUCCUGUCUUAGCUCGCGGUGCUAAAAAAAAGAAUAUGAGGACGGAAAUACAAUCUUCACGUUGUUGAUUA